AUGGCUGAGUCACACGCCAGUAUCAUCAAGCUAUUUCUACCCUUAGCGAAUCAAGACCUCGGGCGUCUGAUUAGACGUAUCGAGCAACAUAGUCCAUCGGAAAACACUCUCACCGUCACUUUCUCGCAGGAACACGUACAGGUCAAGGACGGCACAAUCACGAAGGCCACGGGAAAGGCUAGACGCGUGAAGAGAUCUUCAACCGUGAAGCAAGAGAUCCUAUCGCAGGACAACAUGGAGGAAGCGCAUAAACAUCCAAAGGGAUCCUCGGUGCAGGCGUUAGGCAUGAUAAACGUCGCAAACCUGACUGAACAACAGACAGCUGACCUGAUCACAAUUAUGUGCCCAGCUGACUUGGCAGGGGUGAAAUGCAAUCAGACAGAUUGCAAGUUUCUCAGGCGAUGCGAGUCCAUGCAAGAGCAUGAAUCGAUCACUUGUGCCAUGGAGAAAUGCACCUAUAUUCACGGUCUAAAGGUCUCGUGUCCGAAGAUCCUCGCGGGGAGAGGAUGUGUUACAUUGUUUCUCUCCAAGUUGAACCCGAGAUACUGUCAAUACGGUCAUGACCAUCGCGCGGCGAGGUUGUUCAACUACAAGGAAGGCUCUGCGUGUCAUGGGGUGCUGGAUUUGGAGACGAAAAAGAAACGCCGGGUGGAGGGUCCAGGACCAGCUGGUUUUGGAUUGGUGCCUCUUGCUGGCACGACUUGA